UGCGUCGGCAUGACGUAUUUAUGAAAAAUGGCGGCUACCCGCAGCAGCGAGUUUGGUGACUUGGUUCAAAUUAAAAAGCAACUUAUUUCUAUUAUAGCGCAGUGUAAGGAAAGAGGACUCGUCCACAGCGUGAAAUGGAGGACGCCCAAGAUUUGGAUGCUCUUUGUCUGGCAAAAUCAUAUUUUGACCUGAAGGAAUAUGAUCGAGCUGCAUAUUUUCUCAGAGGCUGCUGGAGUCAGAAAGCAUAUUUCCUGUAUAUGUAUUCACGCUACCUGUCAGGGGAAAAGAAGAAAGAUGACGAGACAGUUGAUAGCCUUGGUCCAUUGGAAAAGGGUCAGGUCCGAAACGAAGCCCUGCGAGAACUUCGGGUGGAAUUGAGCAAAAAACAUAGCGCAGGAGAGCUGGAUGGAUUUGCGCUUUAUCUUUAUGGGGUGGUUCUUCGGAAACUGGAUUUGCUGAAGGAGGCAGUAGAGAUCUUUGUCGCUGCGACACACGCUCUCCCUCUGCACUGGGGAUCAUGGCUGGAGCUCUGCAAUCUCAUCACCAACAUUGAAAUGCUGAAGUCCCUGUCUCUGCCAGACUGCUGGGUGAGGGAUUUCUUCAUGGCACACAUGUACACUGAACUGCAGAUGAUCAAAGAGGCGCUGCAGAAAUAUCAGAGCCUUAUGGAAGCAGGAUUUGCCAAGAGCACCUACAUCAUCUCCCAGAUCGCCGUGGCUUACCAUAACAUACGAGAUAUUGAUCAAGCCUUAUAUCUGUUUAAUGAACUCCGGGAACAGGAUCCUUUUCGCAUCGAAAACAUGGACACCUUCUCCAACUUGCUUUAUGUCAGGAGCAUGAAGCCGGAGCUCAGUUAUCUGGCCCAUAAUCUGGUGGAGAUAGAUAAGUACAGAGUGGAAACAUGCUGUGUCAUAGUUAAACAAGUUUUGGGGUGUGGAACGGCACGAGGACAUGCAAUUGAAGUGAACAAAAGGGACUGCCGGGCCUGGUACGGACUCGGACAGACCUACGAGAUCCUCAAAAUGCCUUUCUACUCGCUCUACUACUACAGGAAGGCCCAUCAACUCAGGCCUAAUGACUCGCGGAUGCUCGUAGCUCUUGGUGGAUGUUACGAGAAACUGUCUCAGCCAGUUGAGGCCAAAUAGGUAAACGGUUAUGAUUAUUCAGCAUAGAUCAUUUCCUCUCAGAAUGUGAAUUUGUGGUCCAGUGAUUCUAUCAUCUUUGUUUUUGUGGGUUCAGUGGAGAGAAUGGCUCUUCUAAAGCUGGCAAAGCUUCACGAACAACUGAAUGAAUCGGACGAUGCUGCACAGUGCUACAUAAUCUACAUCCAGGAUAUUUUCUCAUGCGGUGAGCAGCUGGAGCAUGCUGAGGUGAGCACUGCUCUGCGUUAUCUAGGCCAGUACUACUUCAAGAACAAGCUUUACGAUGAGGCGUCUCUCUGCGCUCAGCGCUGCUGCGACUAUAACGACGCCCGCGAGGAAGGCAAGGCUUUGUUAAGACAAAUCUCUGUGGUGCGGGAGCAAGGAGAGCCUUCAUCUACAGACUUGUCUUUACCCUGCGUCUUCAACCCGCUGUCCAACAACACCACACCAGUUAGGAGGGUAUCACCACUCGAUCUGUCGUCCGUUACACCCUAACACAUUUGGGUCCACAUUUUUCCACUGACAAACUUUACAUUUUGAUGCUGAGAGUAACAUCAGUUCAUAUCUUUACUUACACAUAUGCCUCAUUGUAAAUAAUUGCUUGUACAGACAAAGGUGGUGUUAAAUAAAAUGCUAAAACAUUAAA